AUCGAAAGGCCAUACCGAAACCCAUCGGUUGGUGAUGGUUUAAGUGGUGACGUGCAACGGUCUGCCUCUUUUCAUCGGAGAUGGGUGUCUUGCAGCUGAACGUGUUCCGUUUACUGGGCGACCUGGCCCAUAUUUCCUCGAAAUGCAUCCUCAUAUUCGCCAUUCAACGAAACAAGAGUGCCGAAGGGGUAUCCCUUCUCACCCAGGUGCUCUAUGCCGUGGUCUUCGUUUCGCGCUACCUUGACCUGUUUCGGUCAAGUGGAUGGACGUACUUUUACCUCGUGUUUUUCAAGUUCUUCUACAUACUCUCCUCCUUCUAUAUCAUCUUUUUGAUGAUGAAGGUCUAUCCGCGGACACGAGAGAGGGAGCGGGCGUGGAAGCUGGCUAUCGGCUCCGUCGGCGUUUCCUUCGUUCUGGCGCCCAUCGUGAUCCCGAUCUUCCACGGACGGUUCCCCGGACAUUGGUUCACGGAGAUCUUUUGGACAUUCUCCAUCAUUCUAGAAUCUGUCUGUGUGCUGCCGCAGCUGUUACUUCUGCGCCAGACCACAGUUCCCACCGUGUUCAACUCGUAUUACCUCGUAACGCUGGGCUCCUAUCGAGCCUUCUAUAUUCUGAAUUGGUUAGUUCGAGGUCUGGGAUCGGAACAUUACUGGGAGCCCAUCGCAGACAUCUUCGGCAUCAUCCAGACUGCCUUCUAUAUCGAUUUCGCUUGGGUGUACUAUACGCGUCAACGCGUCAAGCUCCGCAACGGGAGCAUUGUCGAUGCGGAAGACUUCCGAAACAGCUGGCUGGUGAGCAAAGUAUUGAACUUCCGGCAGCGCCAGAGCGUGGACGAGGAGCAGAGCCUCGGCGACGAGGAAGAAGGCAACGGGUCAUUGGAGGGAGACCGGCCCAGAAACAACCGUUGGGGUGCGCGGGGGGUCUCCAUCGCGGCCGACGACACCCUAGACCGGCAUAACGGCGAGACCGGUGACGACCGCCAUGAUGGGCAUGGGGGGUUGGAGGGAUUCGUGGAGGACGAUGAUGCUCACUGGGAGGACCACACGGACGGCUCCAAGCCUGACAGGCAUUCUCCCACUGUGCCAGGCGACCGGGGUUAAUUUACACCCCGGGUGAUCACGACCUCCAAUCUUACUACCUUUUGAGGGCAAUUUGGCUGCAAUUUCAGAGUUGGUCACCGUCAGUCGCGAUGUAGUAUAUGAUCGACCCUUACGUCUCCCCUAUUUUUU